CCCUUCGUGUCUCUCUCUCUCUCUCUCUCCAGGCUCACAUGCAAGCCCGCUUCGUGAUUUUAAGAGUGCUGCUGGAGGCUGGCGAGGGACUGGUGUCCCUGCACCACACCACGGGGACCGACGGCAAACCCGACGCGGUUGUCUUGCUGGACCGCACCAAGAUCACCACCGUGGGAAAACCAGCUCUGGAACGUUUUCUCCGGAAGCUGCAAAUCCUGAAAUCGACCGCUGACGUCGAAGGCGGCCGGAAGCUUUAUGAAGCUUAUUCAGCCGUGACGGACGACAAACCGGAACGCUUCCGAAGCUUACGUGACACGGUGCUUUUACGCAAGGAAGCACGGAAGCUCUUCGUCCAAGCCAACACCACGCUGGAGGGUGGCAAAGUCCGACUGACUCAGUAUGAAUCUAGCGCCGGGGGCCUGAUCCGUUCCUUCUCCGACCGCUUCUCCGAAGAUGCCGAGAUCCUCGAGCGGGAAUUGCUGGAGCUGACUCGCGCAGAUGCUCAUUUUUGGGAAAGUUAAGGCUACAG